UCUUAAUUAAUUUAGGGGUAAAAUUGUCAUUCUGUCGGUUCUUAUUACACCAACCAAAACACUCUUUCUCAGUUACUUUUUUUAACCAAUCUACUACUACCGCCGGCGAUUUUUCCGGUUUGGCAGCUUUUCUUGUCUCUUCUUCUUCCUCCUCCUUUCGCUUCAAGUUUAAUGGAAGCGUUCAUUACUUCAAGGAUUAUUCCUGUUCAACUUCCCUGUAGAAAGCUCUCAUCUUUUUCUGCUGAUUUAUCGUUAAGGAGAUAUCCUUGUAGAAGAGGCAGUGUCUCGAUCAUGAACCAUCAUUCCAGAUUGCUCCGUCCAGUGACUGCUUCUGUUCAGCCGCAGGAGCUAUCAGCUUUGGGGCGUGAAGGCAACACUUUUCCUUCUAAAGAGGUUCUCGAUAUUUGGAGAAAUGUUGAAGCUGUGUGCUUCGAUGUGGAUAGCACGGUUUGUGUGGAUGAAGGUAUUGAUGAACUUGCUGAGUUCUGUGGAGCUGGAAAGGCUGUUGCUGAAUGGACUGCCAGUACUGAUUGCUAUCUUAGAGCAAUGGGUGGAUCUGUUCCAUUUGAAGAAGCUUUAGCCGCAAGACUUUCUUUGUUCAAGCCUUGUCUUUCCAAAGUUGAUGAAUAUCUCCAAAAGACACCCCCGAGGCUAUCCCCUGGCAUUGAAGAGUUGGUCAAGAAGCUCAGAGCCAAUAAAAUUGAUGUCUAUUUGAUAUCUGGAGGCUUUCGACAGAUGAUCAAUCCUGUAGCGUCGAUUCUUGGCAUCCCUCGGGAGAACAUCUUUGCCAACAAUCUUCUAUUUGGAAAAUCCGGUGAGUUUGUGGGCUUUGAUGACAAGGAACCUACUUCAAGAAGUGGAGGCAAAGCCAAGGCAGUGCAGCAAAUACGAAAGGGUCGUCUCUACAAGACUAUGGCCAUGAUUGGAGACGGAGCUACUGAUCUCGAAGCACGUCAACCUGGUGGGGCGGACUUGUUCAUAUGCUAUGCUGGAGUUCAGCUUCGUGAAGCUGUUGCAGCACAAGCAGAUUGGCUUAUCUUCAGUUUUGAACCUCUCAUAAACUCCUUGGACUAAAAAACCUCUCUACACUGAUUAGUUCCAUUCAGCUUAACUCAUUAUUCAUAUAUGAUUAGUUAUAAAUUUUAUCUUCAACAACACAAUGUUUAAUAAAUUUUUUUAAGAACCCUUAAUCUAAGAAACUACCAUUGGAGACUAAAA